AUGGAUAUGUUGGAAAUGGAAGUACUUGCGAAGGUAUUGCUCAUGAUGUAUAUUGACGAAUGUAACUUACCUGGAACCAGUGUCUGCGACUCCAACGCCGGAUGUAAUAAUACUGACGGUUCUUUUAUCUGCUCAUGUAACAGAGGCUUCACUGGUGAUGGCUUAAACUGCGCAGAUGUAAACGAGUGCACAGAGGGCAGUUUUGAAUGUCUAUCCGGAGCCGAGUGUGUGAACACCGAAGGAUCCUACGCGUGUCAGUGCAGGCCGGGUUUAUCUGGAGAUGGAGGAAACUGUACAGACAUAAACGAGUGUGCCACUGGACAGAAUGAGUGUCACGGCUACGCAUUGUGCACGAAUACCUACAGUAGUUAUGUGUGCCGUUGUUUGAAAGGAUAUCGGGGAGAUGGCCGCACAUGCGAAGAUAUUAAUGAAUGUGACGAAGGAACGGCGGAUUGCGUUAACGGAGCCGAAUGUAUAAACGUAAAUGGAAGCUACACAUGUCAAUGUCCCGUGGGAUUUCAAAAGACUGCUGACAACUGUACAGAUAUCGACGAAUGUCAAACACCAGAGUCUCACAACUGCGAUGUUAAUGCGCUUUGUACAAACAUAGAAGGUUCAUAUGUGUGCCGCUGCAAGAAAGGAUACGAAGGAGAUGGAAGUCAAUGCAUAGAUAUUGACGAAUGUUCCGUCGGUUCAGUCAACUGUGGCCCGGGAGGUGAAUGUAUUAAUUCCAACGGAAGCUUUACUUGCCAAUGUCAGGAGGGAUAUCAGAAGUCCGGAAACAACUGCAUAGAUAUCGACGAAUGCAGUUCACCUGGCUCCAAUCAAUGCAACGUAAAUGCGAUGUGCACCAAUACCGAGGGCUCAUAUGUCUGCCGCUGCAAGAAAGGAUUCAAAGGCGACGGAGUAACUUGCACGCUAACAGAACCUCCGUUCAUCUGUAUCCCCGUAUGUGACGUCAACGCUGAGUGCAAGAACUUUACAGGAACUCCUAGCUGCAUGUGCAAGGCGGGGUUUGAUGGCGAUGGUGUCAAAUGUAAAGAUGUUGAUGAGUGCGUUUCUCCAGACUUAAACCAAUGUCACAAAAAUGCGAUGUGCACCAAUACCGAGGGCUCAUAUGUCUGCCGCUGCAAGAAAGGAUAUAAAGGCGACGGACUGACUUGCACUCCGGUGGAACCAUCAUUCAAAUGCGAUCCUUUGUGCGAUGUCAAUGCUGUAUGCAAGAACUCUACAGGAGAACCAGAGUGCAUGUGUAAGGCGGGGUUUGAUGGCAAUGGAACCACAUGCAUUGAUACAGACGAAUGUGCAAGUACUGAAAGAAACAGCUGUGACCUGAAUGCACUUUGUACCAACACAGACGGCUCCUACGUUUGUCGCUGUCUAAAAGGAUUUUCAGGAGAUGGGAAAUUUUGCAGACGGAUAGAAGGGGUUGCUUGCAACCCUCCUUGUACCGGAAACAAAGUGUGUCAAAAUUUCACUGGAGUUCCAGACUGCAUGUGUGCUGAUGGAUUUAGUGGUGAAGACAAUUGCACAGAUGUUGACGAAUGUGCAGAAGAAGGCAACAACGAGUGUGACCCUAACGCCCUUUGCACCAACACAGAGGGAUCUUAUGUUUGUCGCUGUCUAAGAGGGUUUGAAGGAGAUGGCCGAAGCUGUGUAGCCGUCACACCGAUAUGCUCUCCACCCUGUGGUCCAAACUCGUUCUGUCAGGAAGGGUUGUGUGUGUGCGAUUCUGGUUUUCAAGGUGACGGAUACAACUGUAAAGAUGUUAAUGAAUGUGCGAGUCCAGACACAAACGGAUGUGAUCGUAAUGCUCUGUGCACCAACAUUGAAGGAUCUUAUAUCUGUCGCUGUCUAAAGGGAUAUCAAGGGGAUGGCCGCUUUUGCGCAGAUGCCGAUGAAUGUUCAAGUCCUGAACACGAUUGUCACUCCGACGCUAUUUGUAACAACACUGAAGGCUCCUAUGUCUGUCGCUGUUUAAAAGGGUUUACUGGCGACGGUAAAAACUGCACAGACGUAAACGAAUGCACCGAGGAAAAUCAAAACGAUUGUGAUCCCAACGCUCUUUGUACCAACACCGAGGGAUCUUAUGUUUGCCGCUGCUUGAGAGGAUAUCAAGGAAAUGGAAGAAAUUGUACAGUUGUCGUUCCCGGCUGUUCUCCUUCAUGUGGGUCGAAUGCUUUUUGUCAACAAGACGAUGGACUCUCUUACUGUGAGUGUAAUUCUGGUUACCAAGGCGAUGGCUACAGGUGCACAGAUGUUGAUGAAUGCUUACUUUCUGAAGCCGCUAGCACAUGUCACUCAAGCGCGCUAUGCACCAACACAGAGGGAUCUUAUCUGUGCCGCUGUCUAAGAGGAUACGUUGGCGAUGGAAGAAACUGCACAGAUAUUAACGAGUGUGAAAGACCUGAAAACAACGACUGUGACACCAACGCGCUGUGUACUAACACCGAGGGCUCGUACGUGUGUCGCUGCUUUAGAGGUUUCAGUGGAGAUGGUAAAACAUGUGAAGAAAUAGAAGAGAUCGUUUGCGACCCACCCUGUACUGGAAACAAAGUUUGUCAAAAUUACAUUGGAUUUCCAGAAUGUGUGUGUACAGAUGGCUUUAGCGGGGAAGACUUUUGCACAGAUAUCGAUGAAUGUACCGAUAAGGACCGAAACGAUUGUGAUCCAAACGCUCUUUGCACCAACACUGAAGGGUCUUACGUAUGUCGCUGUUUAAAGGGAUAUGAAGGCGACGGCAGAAAUUGCACAGGUGUUUCAAAUAUUUUAUCAGUGUUUCCUGGCUGUUCUCCUUCAUGCGGCCCAAAUGCUUUUUGUCAGGGAAGAGGUGAAUUUGCGUUCUGUGAUUGUAGAGCUGGUUACCUUGGUGACGGAUAUAACUGCAGUGACAUUGACGAAUGUGCAAGUUUUGAAUUAAAUAACUGUGACGUGAACGCCUUGUGCACAAAUACUGAGGGUUCUCAUAUCUGUCGCUGUUUAAGGGGCUACGUUGGAGAUGGAAGAAACUGUAGAGAUGUAGACGAAUGCGCUAACGAAGACGAAAAUGAUUGUGGUCCAAACUCUCUUUGUACAAACACUGAAGGUUCCUAUAUCUGUCGCUGUCUAAAAGGCUAUAUUGGAGAUGGUAAAAAUUGUUCAGACAUCGACGAAUGUGUUGAUGAAGGCAAAAACGAUUGUCAUCCAAACGCCCUUUGCACUAACACCGAAGGAUCUUACGUUUGUCGCUGUUUGAGAGGAUACGAGGGAGAUGGAAGAAAAUGCACAGCCGUUGUACCAACCUGUUCUCCAUCUUGUGGGCCAAACGCUCAGUGUCUAGGAGGGGCGUGUGUCUGUAAUUUUGGUUUCCAAGGGGACGGAUACAACUGCUCUGAUGAAGAUGAGUGUGCUUCAUUGGAAACCAACGCAUGUGACUCAAACGCUCGUUGCACCAACACAUACGGCUCGUAUGUCUGCCGUUGUUUAAAGGGUUAUGUAGGGGAUGGAAGGAGAUGUUCAGACUUAGAUGAAUGCAGAAGUGCUACGAUUAACGAUUGCGAUCCCAACGCUUUGUGUACCAACACGGAAGGAUCCUAUGUGUGUCGCUGCUUUAAAGGUUUCAGAGGAGAUGGUAAAACGUGUACAGAAGAUUUCUCUUGCGACCCGCCUUGUGGUGAAAACAGAGUUUGUCAGAACUUUACUGGAGUAGCUGAAUGCGUGUGUGUAGGCGGUUUUGCUGGAGAAGAUAACUGCACAGAUAUUGAUGAAUGUGCCAGUGCAGAUACAAACGACUGUGGCCGUCUCUCGUUUUGCACCAACACCGAGGGAUCUUAUGUGUGUCGCUGCCUCAGAGGGUACCAAGGGGACGGGGAACGUUGUAUAGAUGUUGAUGAAUGUGCAAAUGCUGAUGGUAACGACUGUGACACCAAUGCCCUGUGCACGAACACUGAAGGAUCUUACGUCUGCCGCUGUAUUCAGGGAUAUGAGGGAGAUGGACUGGACUGUAUCGAUUCCAAUGAAUGCAAGAAUUCUGAAACAAACAGUUGCCAUUUGAACGCCCUAUGUACUAAUACGGAGGGCUCUUACGUUUGCCGCUGUUUAAGAGGUUAUAGGGGAGAUGGCACGAAUUGUAUAGAUGUUGAUGAAUGUGCGAAUGUUGAAACCAACGAGUGUGACUCCAACGCUCUGUGUACGAACACUGAAGGAUCCUACGUCUGUCGCUGCUUCAAAGGAUAUGAAGGGGACGGCAGGAAUUGCGCAGAUGUUGAUGAGUGUGCAAGUCCUGAUAAUAACGAUUGUCAUUCCAACGCACUUUGCACCAAUACUGAAGGUUCUUAUGUUUGCCGAUGUCUAAGAGGGUACAGUGGUGAUGGGAAAAAUUGCUCAGACAUUGAUGAAUGCACAAUUCCUGAAAGAAACGAAUGUGAUGCCAACGCCCUGUGCACUAACAUCGAGGGGUCCUAUGUGUGUCGAUGUGUCAGGGGGUAUGCUGGAGACGGAAUAAACUGUUCAGACAUUAAUGAAUGCGCACGUGACGACGAUAACGAGUGUGAUGUCAAUGCUCUCUGCAGCAACACAAAAGGAUCUUACGUUUGUCGCUGUUUUCAAGGCUACAGGGGUGACGGGCGGUUUUGCACUGAUGUUGACGAGUGUAAUACUACUGAAUCAAACCAGUGUGAUCCAAACGCCUUAUGUAAUAACACUGAAGGAUCCUAUACCUGCCGAUGUCGGAGAGGGUAUAUGGGAGAUGGAACAAAGUGUACAGAUAUCGACGAAUGCUCAAACGAUGAAAAUAACGAGUGUGACCCCAAUGCUCUAUGCAGCAACAGCGAGGGGUCAUACAUCUGUCGGUGUCUGAAGGGUUACAAUGGAGAUGGAAGACAAUGUAUAGAUAUCGACGAAUGCAGCGAUCCUGAAUUAAACCAAUGUCAUGCCAACGCUGUGUGCAACAACACUGAGGGAUCGCAUGUCUGUCGCUGCAACAGUGGAUAUCAGGGCGAUGGCAAAAAUUGCACAGCCGUUCUACCUGGUUGUUCUCCAUCUUGCGGUCCAAACGCAUUUUGUCAGGAUAGCGAUGGAUUUCCUAAAUGUGUAUGCAAUGCUGGUUUCCAGGGAGACGGUUUUAACUGUAUAGAUCUGGAUGAGUGCGAGAAUUCUGAUCUAAACGAAUGCAAUUCCAAUGCUCUCUGUACAAACGCGAAAGGUUUCUACAUCUGCCGUUGUCUUAGAGGAUACGAGGGAGAUGGCAGAUUUUGCGAAGAUAUUGAUGAAUGUGUAAAUGCUGAGUCAAAUAACUGUGGAGCUAAUGCCCUAUGCACCAACACGAACGGAUCAUACUCUUGCCACUGUAAAGCUGGUUACCAAGGAGACGGAGUGAACUGUACAGAUAUUGACGAGUGUGCCAGAAACGAUACCAACGAAUGCGAUCCCAAUGCAUUGUGUACUAACACUGAAGGAUCCUACAUUUGUCGCUGCCUCACUGGAUACAUUGGGGACGGCAGACGUUGUAAAGUUCAAGGCUGUGAUCCGAAAUGCGGCAACAAUUCUUACUGCCUCGAGGAUGAUUUCUUUCCUUAUUGUUCAUGUUCAAGUGGAUACACUGGGAAUGGCGACAAUUGCACAGAAUGUGAACAAGGAAAGAACCUUUGUCAUAUUAAUGCCCUAUGUACCAACACCCUGGGAAGUUAUGUCUGUCAGUGCAAGCCAGGUUUUAGUGGCGAUGGCAGAACUUGUGAAGAUAUAAACGAAUGUGAACAAGGAAAGAGCCUUUGUCAUUAUACCGCCCUGUGUAUCAACACCCUGGGAAGUUAUGUCUGUCAGCACAAGCCAGAAAUUGACGAGUGUGCCAGAAACGAUACCAACGAAUGCGAUCCCAAUGCAUUGUGUACUAACACUGAAGGAUCCUACAUUUGUCGCUGCCUCACUGGAUACAUUGGGGACGGCAGACGUUGUAAAGAUCGAGACGAGUGUGUGGAGAAGAACUGCACAUGCGCAGCUAAUGAAGACUGUGUGAAUACGAUUGGAUCGUACUCCUGCAACUGUUCCUCAGGGUAUACAGGAGAGGCUGGUAACUGUCAAGAUGUAAAUGAGUGUUCAAGCCUUGAAAUGAAUGACUGUGAUUCCAAUGCCCUAUGCAACAACACCGAUGGAUCCUACCUUUGUAGCUGUCGUAGUGGAUAUCAGGGAGAUGACGUCGACGAAUGCGAAAAUGGUGAAAACUCUUGCGAUGUUAAUGCGAAUUGCUCCAACACCCCGGGAAGUUAUGUGUGCAAAUGCAAACAAGGUUUUGAUGGUGAUGGUGAGACUUGCCGAGAUCUUGACGAAUGUGCGGAUAAGGAUGCAUGUGACGCCAAUGAGAAAUGUGUCAACACAAUUGGUUCUUACUCCUGCAGUUGUGCCCCUGGGUAUGCUGGAGAGGCACGGAAAUGUCAAGAUGUUGACGAGUGUGCAAACCCUAAAACGAACGAAUGUGAUCCCAAAGCGCUGUGUAACAACACUGACGGGUCGUAUGUCUGUCGCUGUCUUAGUGGCUAUCGGGGCAAUGGAAGAAACUGCACAGAUAUCGAUGAGUGUGCCACUGAUGAGACAAACGAUUGUCAUACAAAUGCUGUUUGCAACAAUACCGAUGGAUCCUACGUCUGUGGUUGUAAAACUGGAUACCAGGGGGAUGGAAGGAAUUGUACAGCUGUCGUCACUGGCUGUGUACCAGCUUGUGGAGCAAAUGCGAGCUGCCUGGAAACUGGUGCGCGUCCUUUGUGCGAAUGUAAUCCAGGAUUCGAGGGUGAUGGAUAUGUAUGUGCAGAUAUCAAUGAAUGUGGUAAUGGGCCAAACUCUUGUCACAAGAAUUCAAAAUGCACUAACACUCCAGGAAGUUAUGUUUGUCGAUGCAUUCAGGGAUUUUUUGGUGAUGGUCAUACAUGUAAAGACAUUGACGAGUGUGCAACCUCUGAAACAAAUGAUUGUGGUCCCAAUGCUGUGUGCAACAACACGGACGGCUCCUACGUCUGUCUGUGUACCAGUGGAUAUAAAGGCGAUGGUAGAAACUGUACAGAUAUCGACGAAUGUUCCAACCCUGGAACAAACCAAUGCGCUCCUAACGCACUGUGCACCAACAACAAGGGAUCUUACACCUGUGGCUGCAGGGAAGGAUACAUAGGCGACGGGAAAAGUUGCACAGAUAUUGAUGAAUGCGAAAAAUUCGAAGCCAACGAGUGUGCUCCUACCGCUUUAUGCAACAAUACUGAAGGAUCCUAUAUUUGUCGCUGUCUCAAAGGAUACACGGGAGAUGGAAAGAAUUGUACAGACCUUGACGAAUGUGCCAAGAAUGACACCUGUGCAGCUAAUGAAGUGUGUGUCAAUACGGUUGGUAAUUAUACGUGCAGUUGCGCCCCUGGAUACAGAGGGGAGGCAGGGAGUUGUCAAGAUAUCAACGAAUGUACAACUCCCCAGACGAAUCAGUGUGACUCAAAUGCGGUUUGCACCAACAGCGAAGGAUCAUAUCGCUGCCGCUGUCAAGAUGGAUAUCAGGGAGAUGGGAAAAACUGCUCAGACAUCGACGAAUGCGCAAACUCCGAAGCAAACCAGUGUGAUCCCAACGCUGAGUGCACCAAUACUAACGGGUCGUAUGUCUGUCGCUGUCUCAGUGGAUUCCAAGGCGAUGGAAGAAACUGCACAGCUAUCGUCUCAGGCUGCUCCCCAUCCUGCGGUCCUAACGCGAAUUGCCAGAAUCAAGAUGAGCGACCUGAGUGUGUUUGUAAAACUGGUUUCCAAGGAGACGGGUACCAAUGCUUAGAUGUUGAUGAAUGCGAUAGUAGCGAGCUAAACGAAUGCUCGCCCAACGCUGUGUGUAACAACACUGAAGGAUCCUAUAUCUGUAAUUGUGUGAGAGGAUUUGAAGGAGAUGGAAAGAACUGUACAGAUGUCGAAGAAUGCGAAAGUGGAGAAAACGUCUGCCAUGCUAACGCAAAGUGCUCGAACACCUUGGGAAGUUACGUGUGUCGUUGCAUCCGGGGUUUUGACGGUGAUGGCCUUACGUGCAUAGAUCGCGAUGAAUGUAAAGACACGAGCGACACAUGCGGUGUUGGUGAGGAGUGUGUAAACACGAUUGGGUCAUACUCGUGCAACUGCGCCUCAGGGUACACUGGAGUGGCCGGCAAUUGUCAAGAUGUUGACGAAUGUAUCACAGGAGAAGCGACCUGUCACGUAAACGCCCUCUGUUCCAACACGAUUGGAUUCUACGUGUGUAGAUGUAUAAGAGGAUAUGAGGGAGAUGGAAGGACUUGUAGAGAUGUCGAUGAGUGUAAGGAUGGCACAGCUAAUUGUCCCGUCAACACGGACUGCGUGAACACUGAGGGAUCGUACAGCUGCAGAUGUAACGAGGGAUACCGAAGGAAUGAGGCAGGAGACUGCGCAGAUUUGGACGAAUGUUCUGAGGGACUUUCCGACUGUGACUCCAAUGCAUACUGCACCAACACUGACGGCUCGUUUAACUGCACUUGCAAUCCUGGUUAUACUGGAAAUGGAACGACGUGCAUCGCUGUGGGUGUUUGUGACAGGCCAUGCGCUGGCAACGAGGAAUGUUUAGAAGUAGAUGGCAAAUACCAGUGUACUUGCAAGUCUGGAUUCGCACGCUUGGGAGAUGUUUGCCUAGAUAUCAACGAAUGCGAGGCUGAAACAGCCAACUGCCAUAGCAAAGCAGAGUGCGUGAACACAGAAGGCUCGUACAACUGCACGUGCAAAGCAGGGUUUACUGGAAAUAACACAUUUUGCACAGAUAUUGAUGAAUGUGUUGCGGAUUUGACUGAGUGUGAUGUCAAUGCUGAUUGUCGAAACACCGAGGGCUCCUUUACCUGCGCUUGUAAGGCUGGUUUUACAGGCAAUGGAACAAGUUGUAAAGAUAUUAAUGAGUGUGAGCGAGACCCUACAGCAUGUGACAAGAACGCUCUGUGCAAUAACACGGAUGGCUCCUACAACUGCACUUGUAAAGAUGGCUUUCGAGGCAACGGAAUCAAUUGUACAGAAAUCGAUGAGUGUUUCAUCUUUAAUGUAACGUGCGGAAGUGGUGCCGAAUGUGUCAAUACAGAUGGUUCAUACCAAUGCCAGUGUUCCACAGGAUUCAAAGAAGAACUUGAUGGGAAUUGUUCUGACAUUAACGAAUGUGAGACAGGAUCUAACGAUUGCGAUGUCAAUGCCAAUUGUUCAAACUCCGAUGGAAGUUUUUCGUGUCGAUGUAAGGCUGGUUUUGAUGGAGAUGGCAAGGUCUGCCAAGAUAUUGACGAGUGCAUAGCCAAUCCUUGUGAUGCCAAUGCGGCGUGCUUAAACACAAACGGCUCCUUUGAGUGUACCUGUCGUCCUGGUUUUGAUGGAGAUGGCAAGGUUUGCAAAGAUAUUGACGAAUGCACAACCAAUCCUUGUGAUGUCAAUGCGGCGUGCUCUAACACAAACGGCUCCUUCGAGUGUACUUGUCGUCCUGGUUUUGAUGGAAAUGGCAAGGUUUGCCAAGAUAUUGACGAGUGCACAACCAAUCCUUGUGAUGUCAAUGCGGUGUGCUCUAACACAAACGGUUCCUUCGAGUGUACUUGUCGUCCUGGUUUUGAUGGAAAUGGCAAGGUUUGCCAAGAUAUUGACGAAUGUUUGAUCUCCAAUCCGUGCGAUAAAAACGCUGACUGCAAAAACACAAAUGGCUCAUUUGUCUGUACCUGCAGAAAAGGAUUCACUGGAAAUGGAACAUCCUGUGCUGACAUUGACGAGUGUUCAAAGAAUGGCAGCCCUUGUGACGAAAAUGCGGUUUGUUCCAACGAAGACGGAUCGUACAAUUGCACUUGUAAAAACGGGUUUACAGGAAGUGGGAUAGUCUGUAAUGAUAUUGAUGAGUGCGUAACAAAUCCUUGUGAUGCUAAUGCAACCUGUUUGAACACCAAUGGCUCUUUCGAUUGUUCUUGUUUUCUUGGAUUUGAAGGAGAUGGAAAAACAUGUACAGAUAUUGAUGAGUGUGUGAUUUCAAAUCCGUGUGACAAAAAUGCGGACUGUGUCAACACCAUCGGUUCCUCGAUCUGUACUUGCAGGAUAGGAUUUACUGGAAACGGAUCAAUCUGCAGAGAUAUUGAUGAGUGUUCCACUAAUCCCUGUGAUGAUAAUGCAUUCUGCUUGAACAUCAAAGGCUCAUAUGAGUGCACUUGUCUUCCUGGAUUUGAAGGAGAUGGAGAAACAUGCACAGAUAUCAAUGAAUGUUUGGCCGAUCGCAGUCCGUGUGAUGUGAACGCUGCGUGCAAUAACACUGACGGCUCAUACAAUUGCACUUGCAAGGAAGGAUACACAGGAAACGGAACAUACUGCCAAGAUAUCGAUGAGUGUUCAGUAGAGUCACGUCCUUGUGACGAAAACGCUGAUUGUACCAACAAUGAGGGUUCUUAUAGCUGUACUUGUAAACAUGGAUUCACUGGAGAUGGAUCAAGUUGUAAAGAUAUCGAUGAGUGUGCCGCAGAUACCAAUCCCUGUGACGAGAAUGCUAUUUGUACCAACAAUAACGGUUCGUACAGCUGUACUUGUAAACAAGGUUUUACCGGAGAUAACACAACUUGUGAAGAUAUUAAUGAGUGUUCUCAAGAUUCCAGUCCUUGUGACCAAAACGCUGACUGCGCGAACAGUGGAGGUUCUUAUAGCUGCACUUGUAAACAAGGUUUUAGCGGAAAUGGAACCUCUUGUAAAGAUAUCGACGAGUGUUCCGCUGACUCUGGUCCUUGUGAUGUGAAUGCCGAUUGCUCCAACAGCGCCGGUUUUUACAGCUGUUCUUGCAAGCAAGGCUUUACGGGAAAUGGCACAAUAUGUACAGACAUCAAUGAGUGCUCUGCAGUUUCCAAUCCCUGUGACGAGAAAGCUGAUUGCGGCAACAGUGAGGGCUCGUACAGCUGUGUUUGUAAACAGGGGUUCACUGGAAAUGGGACAGCUUGUGAAGACAUCGAUGAGUGCUCUGCGGAUACCAAUCCCUGUCACAAGAACGCCAUAUGUGCCAAUAAUAUCGGUUCGCACAGCUGUACUUGCAAACAGGGGUUCACUGGAAACGGGACGGCUUGUGAAGAUAUAGAUGAGUGCUCUGUGGAUUUAAAUCCUUGUGACGAGAAUUGCAAACAAGGGUUCUCAGGAAACGGGACGUCUUGUGAAGACAUCGAUGAGUGUUCUGUAGAUUUGAAUCCUUGUGACGAGAACGCCGAUUGCGCCAAUAAUGACGGUUCGUACAGUUGUACUUGUAAAAAGGGGUUCACUGGAAACGGGACGACUUGUCAAGAUAUCGAUGAAUGUUCAGUGGGUUCCAGUCCUUGUGACCAAAACGCUUAUUGCAGCAACAGUGACGGUUCUUACAGCUGUUCUUGUAAAAAAGGAUUCACAGGAGAUGGCACAACGUGUACAGAUAUCGAUGAGUGCUCUUCGGAUACCAGUUCUUGUGACCAAAACGCAGAUUGCACCAACAGUGACGGUUCUUACAGCUGUGCCUGUAAACGAGGAUUUUCUGGGGAUGGUGUAGCAUGUACAGAUAUCGAUGAAUGUUCGGCGGAUACUAGUCCUUGUGACCGAAACGCAAAUUGCACCAACAGUAAUGGUUCCUAUAGCUGUACUUGUAAACAGGGAUAUGCUGGGGAUGGCAUCACUUGUACAGAUAUCGAUGAAUGUUCGGUGGAUACCAGUCCCUGUGACCAAAACGCUUAUUGCACCAACAGUAACGGUUCCUACAGCUGCACUUGUAAGCAGGGAUUUACUGGAGAUGGCAUCACUUGUACAGAUUUCGAUGAGUGUCUUACAGAGCCUGGUUCAUGCGGUGAUAAUGCCAAUUGCAAUAAUACUGAUGGCUCAUACAUCUGUUCAUGUAAAAAAGGAUUCACGGGAGACGGCAUAACCUGUGAAGAUAUCGACGAGUGUUCAGCCGAUAGCAGCAUCUGUGAUAAAAACGCGGAUUGCAGCAACAGUAACGGUUCUUAUAGCUGUGCAUGCAAACAGGGAUUCACUGGAGAUGGUUACGUUUGCCAAGAUAUCGAUGAAUGCGCUCCAGAGACCAACCCGUGCGAUGUGAACGCUAAUUGUUCCAACAGCGAAGGUUCAUACAGCUGCCGUUGUAGAGAAGGGUUUGAUGGAGACGGAAAAAAUUGUAAAGAUUUCGAUGAGUGUUUAACAGAACCUGGUCCGUGUGGUGAUAACGCCAGUUGCAACAACACUGAUGGCUCAUACAACUGUACUUGCAAAAAAGGAUUUACAGGAGACGGCAUUACCUGUGAAGAUAUUGACGAGUGUUCAGCCGACAGCAGCAUCUGUGAUAAAAACGCGGAUUGCAGCAACAGUAACGGUUCUUAUAGCUGUGCAUGCAAAGAGGGAUUCACUGGAGAUGGUUCCAUUUGCCAAGAUAUCGAUGAAUGCGUCUCGGAGACCAACCCGUGUGAUGUUAACGCUAAUUGUUCCAACAGUGAAGGUUCUUACAGCUGCAGUUGUAGAGAAGGGUUUGAUGGAAACGGAAAAACUUGUAAAGAUUUCGAUGAGUGCUUAACAGAACCUGGUCCGUGUGGUGAUAACGCGCAGUGCACCAAUAUUGGAGGUUCCUACAACUGUUCUUGUAAACAAGGAUUCACUGGAAAUGGUUUAGUUUGCCGAGAUAUCAACGAAUGUUCGGCGGAUCCCAGUCCAUGUUCUUCAGACGCUGAUUGUGCAAAUUCUGAUGGGUCUUUCAGCUGUACAUGUAAACCAGGUUUCACAGGAGAUGGAACUUCAUGCCGAGAUAUUAACGAGUGCUCUGAGGACUCCAGUCCGUGCGACAAGAACGCUGACUGCAUUAAUAGUGAUGGUUCUUACAGCUGCACCUGUAAGAAAGGAUUUGAUGGAGAUGGAAGAAGCUGUAAAGACUUCGACGAGUGCACCUUAGAGCCAAGUGUUUGCGGCGAUUACGCUUCUUGUUUCAAUAGCGACGGUUCUUACAACUGUUCUUGUAGACAGGGAUUUACUGGAAGUAAUGGACGUUGUCAAGAUAUCGAUGAAUGCUCGGCCGUUCCCAGUCCAUGUGACAAAAACGCUAGAUGUUCGAACGUCGAUGGUUCAUACAGUUGUGAAUGUGAAACAGGAUUUACAGGAGAUGGAUCUACAUGCCAGGAUAUCGAUGAAUGUUCUGCGGAUUCCAGUCCCUGUGACGACAAUGCAAACUGCAUCAAUAAUGACGGUUCUUACAGCUGUACUUGUAAACAAGGUUUUGAUGGCGACGGGGAAACUUGUGAAGACAUUGACGAAUGCUCUACGGAACGUAACCCGUGUGACGAAAAUGCUGAAUGUUCAAAUACCGCUGGUUCCUACAGCUGUGCGUGUAAGGCAGGGUUUACUAGGGAUGGAACAACGUGCCAAGAUGUCGACGAGUGUUCAAGAGAGCCCACAGCUUGUGACAAGAACGCCAACUGUAUGAAUACUAAGGGCUCUUACAGUUGUGCGUGCAAACCAGGAUUCACUGGAGACGGAGUAACUUGCCAAGCUGUUACUCCAAAAAUUGAUCUUGGCGUGAUUUUUGCCUCAUUAUCUGAUCCAACAUUGAAGAUCAUGAAAGACACUGUUGAAGUUAUUGUAGACGAAUAUGGAACAAAGAAGACGCGAUACUCCUUAAUCACAUGUGGACAGGAAGCCAGUACCAAGAUCGAUUUCACGGAUAACUUUAGGAACACGCAAGGUUUUAAAGACGCCAUAAACGCGGUAGUGAGACCUGAAGGGACACCAGACCUGAAGAAUGCUCUCGAUCAAGCUAAGAAAAUGUUUGAAAAUGCUCCACCGCGACCGGAUGCCAAGAAGAUCCUGGUAGUUUUGAUUGAUCAAAAGUCAGUGAACUCUCCUCAAGUGUUGUCGGUCUCAGCUAAAGAGUUUGAAGACAGCGGUAUUACUCUUUUGCCCGUGGCUAUUGGUUCUCUUGCAGACUUAGAUGAAUUGUCUAGACUUGCUCCUAGCAAAGGAAUCGUCAUCCAAAUAGACGAUGAUGACGAUGGGAAUGCUAUCGCUCAAAAGAUCAUUAACAAAGGCGUGAAAGGUUCUGAUGAUUGUACCAAAUGCCAUUCUAAGUCAGUUUGUCUGAGUAAAGAUGAUGUCUUCUCGUGCGUGUGCAAAAUGGGGUACACAGGCAACGGUCAGAAUUGUGAAGAUGUUGACGAAUGCGAAUUGGGAAUUGAUAUUUGUAAUGCUAAUGCUUUUUGUACCAAUAACAUUGGUUUGUACGAGUGCUCUUGUAUGGAUGGAUACAUUGGGGACGGCUUUGAUUGUAGAGAAAGAGAAGAAAGCAUUGGUGCAACUGGAGGCUUCACAGUCAUAAACGAGCAUUUAGCAAUUUCCUGUGGAAAGACACUCAUACAGGUGAUUCUGGACAAGUCGUUCCUUAUGGGUAUGCGCAGAACUGACGUUCGCCUAAACAACCCGAAAUGCCUCCCAACCGAUAAUGGUACGCAUUUCCUGUUUCAAACAAACUUUACUUCCUGUGGAACGAAGCUGAUAGAUACAGAUAACUUCUUCAUUUAUGAAAACACUAUCCAAGAGAAGCCGCCACAGGGCAUCAUUACGAGGCUAGCAGACGUAGAUAUUCCAUUCAGAUGCUGUUACCUAAAGGAAGUCCAAGCCAGCGCCAUUCAGCUGGAAACCAGCAGAAAAAUUAUCCGAGGCAACGCCUCUGAUGUCGGAAUGUUCGACAUAAACUUGGGAGUCUUCAAAGAUCAGGGCUAUACUCGUCCCUAUGGUGACCAAAGCUUCCCUAUAGGAGUGAAAGUAAAUGAGAGAGUAUUCCUUCAACUUAGUGUCGACUCUGAAGAUCGUCGCUUGGCUGUGCAGGCUCAGCGAUGUCACGCAACUCCUGAUCCAAACCCGAACAGCACCAUACAGUACAAUCUUAUUCUGAAUGGUUGUCCCCAGGAUCCCACGGUGCAAUAUCACCAUAAUGAUGACAACAAGGGCCUUCACCGGUUUAGUGUUCAAACAUUCCAGUUUGUCAACUCACCGGAUCCGUUUGUGUACAUCCACUGCAAGGCCGUGGUUUGCAAUUCAUCAGAUCCAAACUCAGAGUGUUCCAAAAACUGUGACGUACUUCCCAGAAACCGCCAUCGCAGAGCCCUCCCAUAUAGUGCACCUGUGCAUAUCACGUUACUCAGCCAUGGCCCAAUUUGGUUAACGAACACUGAGCGGGUUCAAGAUUCUCCGUGGCAGCACCCCUUGAUUGGUGUAUCUGUUGUUCUUGGAAUGUUUGCUGUGUUGUGCCUCGUGGUGAUUGCAGUUGUCCGUCGCAAAAUGAUCACAGUAAAGAGAGGAUCGUCAGCGGAUGUAUGACAGAAAACAAGAGAGAAUAAUUAUAUUAUUUUUAUAAAUUAUAACGUUAAAGAGGCUGCUAACAGCAAUUAAUGAUCACGCUGAGAUAAGGGGUUUCUGUCUUUCGAAGUUGAAAACUCUUAUUUCUGGGAGUGGUCGAAUUAAAGCGGAAUUGAACAACAAUAUUUUUCGUAAACUGUGAAAGACAUUUACCUAACCACACUUGACAAUACUGCCCAUUUAGAUAUAUUUUGUGAAUUAGAAGCUUCUUAUAGAUUGUUUACAUAAUUUUUUUUUUACUGUUAAACCUCUGCUUGAUAGCUCUGACAUGAAAGGUCUCCCCGCAGAAAUAAAAGUGUCUCCAAAGUUAUUUGAGGAGUGACUAAUUUGAAUAAAAUCUCCUAUCUCCAUAUAAGCUUGGUUGAAAAUAAAACAAAGGCAGCGAAAUUAUGAGCUUUUUUGGGAAUUUGAAAUCCCCUUUGAGUAGGUAAAGCACAAGACUUACCCACGCUAUUGUAACCUUAUGGACACGUUCUCAUAGCAAACUCUUUGGUAAAGAACUUGUUAAUUUAAAAGUCUUCCUGAUGAGUUGUGGUUGAUUAGGAAAUUCACUGAACCUUUUCUUGUUGUUGAGCCGAAUUUAUGUUAGCUUCAUUUUAGAGAAACCCCUAUUGCUGCAAUGUUUUAUAUAUUUAACGACAGGUAACACAUGACAGGUGCACGAGAUUUUGUUUGCCUUCACUUUCAAAGACGUGAACUUAAAAAUAAAGAGGAAUGCUGAAUGCCUUGUCAGUGUGUGACUAUA